AUGCAGAGGCAAGGGGACCCAUCCCCACCAGUUAGAAAUCCAAAGGGGAAUGUGAUGGGAGAGGGGAGUCAUUUAAAUGUAGCUUUGAUUGAGAUGACUGAGGUAGUGAACAGGAGGGAGGAAAGGGAGGUUCAUCAAUUCAGUGAACAUGAUAGUGGGAGUAGGAGGAAUGUGGUGGUGGAGGAUAGAGGAAGUGCAAAGAAGAAUGGGAAGGAAGUGGUGGUUGAAAUAACAGAGGGUGAGCAAGCAGUAUCCAAAGGAGAGUCAAUUGGGAAAAGUUCUAAACUUCAGAUUGGGGUCAAAGCUCCUACAAUGUGGAAAAGGAAAGGGCAAUCAAGGGGAAGACUUAAGAGAACAGAUAGCCCUAUGGAGAUUGUGCCAGCACAGGGACAGGGGAAAAGACAGAGGCAAUGUUUUGACCAAACCAUGGAACCAGGUGAUGGCAGAGCUUGGAAUAGAGAAUUGAUUCAAAAUCUAUUUACUGAAGCAUCAUGUAAAGCCAUCCUUGAAAUUAAAGGUUUGGAUCCUGCUGCAAGAGACAAAUGGGUGUGGACAUCUGAUGUUAAAGCUUAUGCAGUAGCAGUGAAGAAGAAGAUCUUGAGUCUUGAUAUGCCAGGGUGUAGUUCUAAUAUUAAUGCUGAUAAGAAGGCUAGAAUGAGGUGUUGGAAUCUGAGGGUGAAAGGUAAGAUACAGCACUUUAUUUGGAGAUGUUUUACUGAUUGUUUACCUGUUAGUGCUAAUCUGAGAAUUAGAGGGAUGCAACUGGAUAAUGUCUGCCAGUGUUGUGGUGAAAGUGUGGAAACUGUAGAGCAUGUGAUGUUUACUUGUUCUAGAGCAGCUAUGGUGUGGAGUUUAGUGCCUGUCAGUUGGGAUUCUGCUUCUAUACCUUGUGUGGUUUGGUUGUCGGGGCUAGGUUCUUAG